UGGUUGCUAACAGCGACCGAGCAACUGAAACUUCGCGAGGAUUUUUCAAGUAAAAAGUGAAAUCCAGCUUUGGGGGUGAAAUUGCUCCAGCUUGUUAGCAAAAGAGUUUGUUCGUGGCAUAUAUUCAUAAUGACAACGACUCCACAGAAAAAUGCUGAAGACGUCUUGAAAGGGGACGACAGCAGUCUGGAGCACACAGACAAUAUUCGGAAGUUGCCUGGGAAUCCCAUUGAAGACUUAGCAGAGAGGAUGCAGCAGUCCAGGGUAGAAGAACAAUCUGCUUUGAUCUCUAUGCUGAAGCACAGAGCAGAUGAGACGCUUCUACGAUAUCAAGCCUUACAGAAAAUCAACACUGAGCUUGAAGACCAAGUAACUCACUGCCAAAAAGAACUGGGCGUUGAAAGAAAGAGAGCAGAGAUAUUUGAACAAAGAUUUAACGAUUUAGCUGCCAACAAUCAAGCAAUCAUUUCUUUCAUGAUGGAGCACAAAAAACAAAAUGCCCAGUUAAAGCUGGAAAACAAACAACUACAGUCAGAAAACAAUUCACUUUUUUCCCAAAAGUUACAUGAGAGAGAAGAGUUAGUUGAAAAACUCACACAAGAACUCAAACUGCUGAGAGAGAAAUAUGUAAACGCUGAAAAUGAAUACAGGGUGAAAUUAGCAGGAUGCGAAUCAAAACUUAAAGAACAAGCAGCUCAGUAUGAAGCCAAGGAGGCACCACUACGCUAUCAGUUGCAUGAUGCUCAACAACAACAUGCAGAUGCUGUGGAAAUGUGCAAAGAUUUGAAGCUGAAACUCGAAGAUGCAAAAGAACAGCAAGCUUUGAAAGAAAUCAGCAUAAAGGAAGACAUAGCAAGCCUCACCAAAGAGAAGGACAUCUUACUGAGUCUUUCAAUGGAAAGAGGCAAAGUAAUACAGGAGAAGCAAGCGGAAAUCCAGCAGCUGGAGGCAAAAUGGAGAGAAGACAGAAAAGCCCGGAUUGAAGCACAAGACAGGUUUAAACUGGAGGCAGAAGCAGUGAACGCAGAUGCAAGAGUGAAGCCCCUCCAGGCUGCUCUCAAGGAAACCAUGACAAAGCUUCAGAAUCUAAACAAGGAUUUUGAUGCUUUCAAGGAACAGAGUGUCACCCUCCUUACACAGGAAAGGGAAUUAAAUAAGAAACUUCGCCAUAUGAAUGGAUAAACUACAGUGUUGUGUAUUCUUAAUAAUUUCUAAUGGGAAAAAUAUUUUCAGCAUAAAUGUUUGACUCACUGUGCACAAACUCCCAAUGAGAAAUAAAUCAUAACAAAAAGACCUCA